AUGUCACGGAUGCUUAUUACUGCUGCUACGGCGUUGGCCUUCUGGUCAUCCUUGGCCUCGACUGCUGUUGUUACACAACUUUCUUCAAGAGUCGACACCAGGGGUGAAUCAACUUCUUUGGAUGUCUCUGUGUCUUUUGACGUACGAGCUGGAGCGCGAGCGUCCAUGCCGCUCCAUCACCAACUGAUUUCAUUGUCAAUUGAGUUCUGCUAUAGCAUUGACUUUCUAGGAGAGCCAAACUCCCCGAAUCUCUUCUCGAGACAAUUGCUCCAGAAUGUCAAGGAUAUAUCUGGAGCACUUCCCAUCCUUCGCCUGGGUGGGAACACACAGGAUAAAGCAACGUUCUGUGAGAAUUGUCCUGAGUCCUUGAACAGCACCUACAAGCCUGGAAGUACGGAAGCAAUAGACGUUUCAUUCAGCAAGGGUCUAUUUACAGCUAUGAAUGAGAACAUGCCUUCAAAGCAGGAGUAUAUCUUUGGACUUAAUUUGGGACGAAAUGAUAUCAAUGUCGCCAAGGCUGAGCUGAAUGCAGCCUCGAAGUAUCUAGAUCAAUCGAAGGUGGUUGCUUACGAACUUGGAAACGAGCCUGAUCACUUCACAUGGCCCAGCUACGGUUUCCGGCCAAAUGAUACCUGGAGCAUGGCCGCUUAUGUCCAACAGACUCUCGAAUGGCUGCCACAGUUGAGUUCCGGGAAAAAGUUCCAGUACGGAUCCAUUGCGGGGUCGCCAGCCGUCCCGUCAGACUUCACUUUAGUAGAGGCACUCCAACUCGGUGUCUCGAAGCUCAAACAGGUGACAAUCUUAUCGUCACACGCAUACCAAGGAGCCGUCUGCACUCCUGCUAGCGCGGCACUCGUCCACAUGGAGGACUAUGUCAACCAUCUCCACACUGUACGGUACUACGCUGCUUAUAUUGGCGAAAUUGCUGCCGCAAAAUCUCUCGGUUUGACAUAUCACAUGGGUGAGACGAGCAGUGCCGCCUGCCACGGUAAGGAUGGCGUAUCUAAUACAAUGGGUGGGCUGCUAUGGACGAUCGAUUACUCGUUCUAUAUGGCUACUCUUGGACUUGACCGGAUUCUCUUCCACAAUGGUAGAGGCGACUACUUUUAUUCUUUCUGGGAGCCUGUUGGAGGAGUGAAUCCUCCCACUUCGGCCCAUAUCAAUCCUCAAUAUUACAGCCUCCUAUUUCACGCCUCUGCAAUCGCUGGGCUCGAUUCCCCACGCAUCCACCGCGUUGCCCAUCUUGACACGCACGAUCUCGCGCACUACGCCAUUUACAGCGGCAAUCAGCUCAAAAAGAUGGUCAUUCUGAACACACACUUGCACAAUGGUACCACCGAAAGCCGGCCAGUGAAACACAUCGACCUCUCUCCCAUUUUUGGGAAGACGAUGAAGGUGAAGCGCCUCUCAGCGCCGAAUACAAUUGCUAAGGCGGGAAUGACGUGGGGAACCCAGGCUAUAGAUGGGACCACAGGGAAACUGGUGGGAAAGGAGGCUUGGGAGAGUAUCAGUAAUGGGGUUGUGGAUGUAUUUGCAAGCGAGGCAGUCAUCAUUGAGACGGGGCGUUGA